CUGCAUUCUUAUUUCAAAUUUCCGAACGCGUGCAGCGCUACGCAACGUUUUACUGUGGGGUUUUUUUUUUUGCUGUUGAAGAACGUCACAUCUUUAAUUUUAGCCAUGUGGAAGAUGUUGGGUCUGACUGCCCUGCCACAUGUUGGUGGGAUCCUUGGAGGCUAUAUCACCAGAAAGGAGGUGAAGACGUGGUACACCACUCUUAACAAACCGUCAUGGAGGCCACCCAACUCGGCUUUUGGAAUCGUAUGGACGACUUUAUACACCGGCAUGGGAUAUGGUUCUUACCUGGUGUAUAAAGAGCUAGGAGGCUUCACAGAAGAUGCUGUGGUCCCACUGGGACUCUAUGGCCUGCAGCUAGCACUAAACUGGGCAUGGACUCCUAUCUUUUUUGGGGCACACAAGAUUAAACUGGCACUCAUUGAGCUUGUCGUGCUGACAGGGACAGUGGCUGCCACCAUGGUGUCCUGGUACCCAGUGAACCGCACUGCAACUCUCCUCAUGACUCCAUACCUGGCCUGGCUCUGCUUGGCCACCUCGCUCAACUACUGUAUCUGGAGGGACAACCCUGAUACCAAAAAAGACUAGGCAGGACAAAUAUGAAAUUACCAUGCACUUAAAGGCACAUUUGACUUAGUAACAUUACUACAACUAUGCCUGUAACCAUAUUUAGUUCAAUAUAUGAAUGAAAUCAUGUCAGCUGCUUGAGUGGAUGAAUUUUAAACAUGAGGAUAAUCAAUAUACUAACAUCUCAACUGGCUUUGUAAAAAAAAAAAAAAAAUUUGAUUUUUCAAUAAAAAACAGACCCAUGCAACUAUAAUGGGGGUGGGGGGAUUUGGGGGGAGCUAAAAUUAUUGUUUGCAUUGCUUUUUUCCAAGAUAAAAAUUGCCUGCUUGCCUCCUCCCACAAUCAAUACUUUUGGCCAUUUCACACUCAGACAAGGCGUGUUUCAAAAUGGCGUGAAAUGACCUUUAUCUCACAUGAACAUACUGUCUGGUGGGUGCCAAACUGUGAGUGUGUUCACUUAACCAUGUAUGCUAUCUACACUGUGUGUUGGAGUGAAGACUGAAAGCACAUAUUUAGAAUAAUUUUGCCUUAGUUUAGAAACAAUUGGCCUUAUUCAUCAACUCUUGUUAAGAAGAAAUUUCUUAAAUUCCUCAUAAUUUUCAUGAAGGUUUUGACAUUCAACAAACUGAAUUUGGUAUUGCUCUUAAGUAAGAACAGAAUUUAUGCAUGCUAAAGAAUACGCUUGUGUACAUUUGAGUGCUGACAGGCUUGUGAUAAACUGUGUUAUAACGCAGUCCAACUCUCCCAUCACCAAUCAUGAUCUUGAAGGAAUAAAUGUUUUGACAUGGCAUAAGCCUAUUAAAAUGAUGCCUUCGCAAAUGCAUGUCAUAAUAAAAGCAAAAGGUGGUCCAAUGAAA